GACGCUUUGGGCAUCAUCCCUGGAUAGAGGCGAAGCGCGACAGUUGUUCCCUCAUUGACCUUCGCCAACAUGCUCCAAGCGUCCAGCCCUCCGCUUCGACCUUCAAAAGCUUCUGAGCUCGGGCCUGCAAAUCCCCUCUAUUGCUUAUAUACGCUGAGUAUUCCAUCUGGUUUUCCGUGGCCUCCUCCUCCCCACAGCCGUACAUUCCUUUUCUUCACAGAGAUCAGCAUGACUCGAUCACCUGAGAGCCGUGCAGUAAAGGGCAAGGCGAUUCACGUGAAGUGUCCUCGAUGCAACGUAUCGCUACACAUAUCGCCUGCCACAACAGUCGAUCUUCGCCCUCCCGUUUCCGUUCCUCGCCCUCCCGCACCUGCGCAACCUCGUUCGGCUCUUUCCACCCGAGCCAACAGGAACGGUGAAAGCCCCGAUAAGCGACCAAGGAUGAGGCUCACCAGAGAUUGCAUCUGUGACUGGAUUGACGCGGUCGAAGCGGAGACAAGCACGCAAAACCGCGUGCCAUCCGCUGCCGCUCUUCGUGGCAUCCUUCGCGAGUCAGGUAUCCCUCCUCGACAUGAGAACCUGGAAGUCAGGCUUGUCGACACACCGUUGGUCAGGGUCAUCAGCCCAGCGCCAUCCCUCGUCGAGCCAUCACCAUCACCCUCUUCCUCAAGUUCCGUUUCCUCCGAGUCUUUCUUCGACGAGACGCCUUUCCCCAGGCAUGCCGAUCUUCGAGAGAGGUUGUCCGAGUUGACUUCUGCCAUUCUGCCUAUCAUCGGCGGUCAAACACACGGCGCACUCAUGGUCGAAUAUAGGCAAGCUGUUCUUCGUGCGCGUUUGCCUCUCCCUGCGAUGCCCCUGAACCCACCUACGCCCCUUCCAGCAGAGGGUCAUGAUCAACUUGAGGUUUCAGACUCCGUUGGGCAGUCCCCCAAGGGCGUUGAUUCCGCACUGUCCUUCCACAAUCUCUCCAUUUCAGGAGCAUCAUCCGCCACUACAGUUCCCGAAAUGCGCGCUCUCGUCCGCCUGGCUUAUCCUUCGGGUCACCACGGACUGGCGGUUCUCACCAUGCGCGUCGGCACAUCCAGCUCUGUCCAAGCUGGCGACUCCUUGGACGCCGCGCGCGAGCGCUUUCUCGGCUACUGUAACCAUUUCCACCAACCAGACUCGACUUCGACGCGCUCUGACCUCGAGUAUAUCUUAUUUGAGAUCGAGGGCAACGUUGUGGGAGCCGUCCCGGAGGGCGUGCUGAAUGAGCACGCGUCGGGUGGCGGUGAUCUAGCAAGCCGGUUGGUGGAUAUGGCGCGCUCGGUCUGCUCGGACUGUCACGAAAUCAAUGUGACGAUUGCUAGAUAGCUUUGGCAUGUUGUGCUGCAGACAGACAGGACUUUCCUUCAUUGAACUCCUUGUCCGAUUCAUGAUCAUCUCUACGUUCUCUUUACGAGUAGUUACGACUGGAUAUCUCAAGAAAGUGCAGUUUCUGAAUCCUU